UGCGGGCCGGUUCACGCUUGUUCGGCGGCUGCUCCCGGAAGCCGCCCGUCGGGGCAGGUCUCGUACUGGGGUCUGGGACCCGGGAUCCGCGCCCAGCGGUUAGGCACGAUGCGGCUAGGCUCCGGGACCUUUGCCGCCUGCUGCGUGGUGAUCCAGGUGCUCGGGGUCGCGCUUUUCCUUCGGGGAUUCUUCCCGGCUCCGAUUCGUUCCUCCUCCAGGACGGAGCACCAAGCAGAGCCUCCAGCGCCCGAGCCCUCAGCUGGAGACCGUUCCAACUGGACCAAGCUCCCACCACCUCUAUUCAGAAAAGUUGUUAUUAUGCUGAUAGAUGGCUUGAGAGAUGAUUUUGUGUUUGGGUCAAAGGGUGUGAAAUUUAUGCCCUACACAACUUAUCUUGUGGAGAAAGGAGCAUCUCAUAGUUUUGUGGCUGAAGCCAAGCUGCCUACAGUUACUAUGCCUCGAAUCAAGGCAUUGAUGACAGGGAGCCUCCCCGGCUUCAUCGAUGUUGUCAGGAACCUCAAUUCCCCCGCACUGGUGGAAGACAACGUGAUCACACAGGCAAAAGCAGCUGGGAAAAGAAUUAUUUUUUAUGGAGAUGAAACAUGGGUGAAACUAUUCCCAAAGCAUUUUGUGGAGUAUGAUGGAACAACCUCAUUUUUCGUGUCAGAUUAUACAGAGGUGGAUGAUAAUGUUACAAGGCAUUUGGAUAAAGUAUUAAAAAGAGGAGAUUGGGAUGUGUUAAUCCUCCACUACCUCGGGCUGGACCACAUCGGCCAUGUGUCUGGGCCCAAUAGCCCUCUGAUCGGGCACAAACUCCGGGAGAUGGACAGUGUCCUGAUGAAGAUACACACCUCACUGCUGUCCGAGGAAAGAGAGACUCUUGUACCCAAUUUGCUAGUUCUUUGUGGUGAUCAUGGCAUGUCGGAAGCAGGAGGUCACGGGGCCUCUUCCAUGGAGGAGCUUAACACCGCCCUGAUCUUAAUCAGUUCUGCAUUUGAAAGAAAACCUGGUGACAUCAGACGUCCAAAGCAUGUUCAACAGACUGACUUGGCUGCAACCCUAGCAAUAGGGCUUGGUCUUCCGAUCCCAGGGAACAGUGUUGGCAGCUUGCUGUUCCCCACGGUGGAAGGGAGACCUGUGAGAGAACAGCUGAGGUUUUUACAUUUAAAUGCAGUGCAGCUCAGCAAAUUACUGCAAGAGAACGUGCCAUCCUACACAAAAGAGCCUGGAUUUGAGCAGUUUAAAAUGUCAGAGAGGUUGCAUGGGAACUGGAUCAGACUGUACUUGGAGGAAAAUAACUCAGAAGUCCUUUUCAACCUGGGAGCCAAGGUUCGCAGGCAGUACUUGGAGGCCCUGAGGACCCUGAGCCUGUCCCUGAGCAGACAAGUGGCCCAGUACGACAUCUACUCGAUGCUGGUGGGGACUGUCAUGGUUCUGGAGGUUCUAGUGCUGCUCCUACUGAGCAUCCCACAGGCUCUGAGCAACAAGGCUGAACUGGAGGUCCCUCUAUGGUCGCCUGUGUUUUCUCUGCUGUUUUAUUUGGUGUUCCUGGUUCUUUCUGCUCUUCACGUCAUCGUGUGCACCUCGGCCGAGAGUUCGUGCUAUUUCUGCGGCCUCUCGUGGCUGACGGCAGGUGGAGUGAUGGCACUGAUCUCUGCACUGCUCUGUGCGGUCGUGUCUGCUCUUGCCAAGGUGUUUGCUGAUGGGAAACACCUGAGGAAGAAUCCAGCUCAUCCAAAGGCACGAUGGUCGGAGUUAGAUGUCCUUAUCUUACUGGGGACCCUGGGCCACGUGCUGAGUCUGGGUGCGAGCAGCUUCGUUGAGGAGGAGCACCAGACCUGGUAUUUCCUCGUCAACACCCUGUGUCUGGCUCUGUGUCACGAGCUCUACAAAAACUGCUUUCUGAGGGACGACGGUGAGCCCCAGCCGUGCUCACACGUGGAGCAGGGACUCGUCAGCAGUGAGCCAGCCUUAUGGGACAGGAACAUCCACUGUAACGUGUCCGAGCCCCACAGAGUGUCUAAGAGCCCUACUUCCCUUGACACGCUCAGAGGCUACGAGAAGUGGAUGGUGUUAGCAAGCCCAUGGGUGAUACUUACCUGCUGUCGGCUGCUGCGGUCACUCAACCAGACGGGUGUGCAGUGGGCCCACCGGCCUGACCUGGGGCAUUGGCUCACCAGCUCUGAUCACAAAGCUGAACUCUCUGUUCUGGCUGCCCUUUCGCUCCUUGUGAUUUUCGUGCUAGUUCAGAGGAGGUGCUCCCUGACGUCAAAAGUAGCCAUGGCACUUGGCCUGCUGGGCGUCUAUUGCUACCGGGCAGCCAUUGGAAAUGUCCUGUUCCCAUGGCAACGAGACAGCAAAGACAUUUCAAAGGGUGUUAUUGAAGCUCGUUUUGUUCAUGUCUUUGUCCUUGGCAUUCUGUUCACGGGCACCAAAGAUUUGCUUAAAUCUCAAGUCAUUGCUGCAGACUUCACAAUCAAGACUGUGGGUUUAUGGGAGAUAUAUAGUGGAUUAGUUCUUCUGGCCGCUUUGCUUUUCAGGCCACAUAAUCUGCCAGUCUUAGUGUUGAGCCUCUUGAUUCAGACACUAAUGACUAAAUUCAUCUGGAAGCCUCUGAGGCAUGAUGCAGCUGAGAUCACUAUAAUGCAUUAUUGGUUCGGUCAAGCAUUCUUCUAUUUCCAGGGAAACUCCAACAACAUAGCCACAGUGGACGUCUCAGCAGGCUUCGUGGGCCUGGACACCUACAUGGAGGUCCCAGCUGCGUUCCUGACAGCAUUUGCCACGUUUGCAGGGCCUGUGCUAUGGGCCAGCCACUUAGUGAGCUUCCUGAGCUCAGAAACCCGCAGUGGUUCUGCACUGAGUCACGCUUGCUUCUGCUACGCACUGACCUGUUCUUUUCCAGUCUCCGCAUAUAUCAUUUUGGUGACAUCCCUGCGUCACCAUUUGUUUAUAUGGAGUGUGUUUUCUCCAAAACUUCUUUAUGAGGGAAUGCACGUCCUCAUCACAGCUGCCAUCUGUGUGUUCUUCACGGCCAUGGAUCAAACCAACACAAAGUCUUAGCCACUGCAAAAACAAUAUGUUUUUAAAGUCUACUAUUCACUUCAUGCAUUUGGGUAAUGAAAUAAAGAUCUGCCUAAACACAAAAA